AUUGUGUCCCCAGCGCCGCGCCGUCUCUCCGCUCUCGCCGCUGCCAUGGCGGCGGGUGCGCCGCUCUCCAAGGCUGAGUACCUGAAGCGCUAUCUGUCCGGGGCAGAUGCUGGCGCUGACCGGGCUGUCGAGUCCGGUCGGAAAAGGCGCAAAAAGCGUCCGAAGCCUGGCGGGGCCGGCGGCAAGGGAAUGCGGAUUGUGGAUGAUGACGUGAGCUGGACAGCUAUCUCCACCACUAAACCGGAAAAGGAGGAGGAGGAGGAUGGAGAUUUACCUGUGGUGGCCGAGUUUGUGGAUGAGCGGCCAGAAGAGGUAAAGCAGAUGGAGGUCUUUCGAUCCAGUGCCAAAUGGAAACUUCUGGGAGGACACAAUGAAGACCCAUCUUCACACAGGCAUUUUCGUCAUGAUACCCCAGAGUCAUCUCCUCCUAGAAGAGACCGACAUGAUACCCCGGAUUCAUCUCCUAGGAAGGUCCGACAUGAUACUCCAGAUUCAUCCCCUCCUAAGGGGAUCCGUCAUGAUACCCCAGAGUCAUCCCCUCCGAGGAGGGCCCGUCAUGAUACCCCAGAGUCAUCUCCUCCUAGGAAGGUCCGACAUGAUACCCCGGAUUCAUCCCCUCCUAGGAGGGACCGUCAUGAUACCCCAGAUUCAUCCCCUCCAAGGAGAAUCCGUCAUGAUUACCCAGAUCCUUCUCCUCCUAGGAGGGUCCGCCAUGACUCCUCAGAUGCUUCACCAUCCCAAAGGCCCCAUCAUGAUUCUCUGGAUCCUUCUCCUCAUAGGAAGCCUCAUCCUAACUCCUCAGGUGUAUCUGGUAGGAGAGCCCAUCGUGACUCCCCAGGACCAUCUGCUCCUAGUAGAGCCCGCCAUGAUUCCUCAGACAUCUCUUCCCCACGAAGGGCUCAUAACAGCUCCCCUGAUACAUCGCAGCCUAGGAGAACUCUUGAUUCAUCAGACACAUGGCAACCCAGGAGGGCCUGUCAUGACUCUCCUCGUUUGGCUCCUAGUGUUGCUCACUCAUUGCCCAGAACGAAAAGUAGUAAAGCCCCAGAAAGAGCCUCUAACAAGACAUCUCCACACCGGAAAGGCCCAGGACCCUCUCAUCUCUCACUUGCCAAUAACAACAAAUAUGAUUAUGACUCGGACCUUUCUCCUCCACGAAAAAAGCAAGCAAAGUCUCAUGUGGGAGAUAAACAGCUUGAUUCUAAAGGUGACUACCGGAAGACCUCUGACUCAGACCUUUCUCCUCCACGGCGUAAGCAAGGUCCAGGGCAGCAGGAUUCAGAUUCAGAUCUGUCGCCUCCACGAAACAGACCCAAACACGAGAGCUCCGAUUCUGAUCUCUCUCCACCAAGGAGGAAAAAAAGGACCAAAUCUUCUGAUUCUGAUCUGUCUCCACCUCGAAGGAGUCAGCCUCCUGGAAAGAAGGCUGCACACAUGUAUUCUGGGGCCAAAACUGGGUUGGUGUUGACUGAUAUACGGAAAGAGCAACAGGAACUGAAGAAACAGGACCAAGAAACCAUUGCAUUUGAAGCUGAAUUCCAAUAUGCUGAAACUGUAUUUCGAGAUAAGUCUGGACGUAAGAGGAAUUUGAAAAUGGAACGUUUAGAACAAAGGAGAAAAGCAGAGAAGGACUCGGAGAGAGACGAGCUGUAUGCCCAGUGGGGAAAAGGGCUUGCCCAGAGCCGGCAACAGCAGCAAAAUGUGGAGGAUGCAAUGAAGGAGAUGCAGAAACCUCUGGCUCGCUACAUUGAUGAUGAAGAUCUGGACCGGAUGCUGAGAGAACAAGAAAGAGAGGGAGACCCCAUGGCCAACUUCAUCAAGAAGAAUAAGACCAAGGAGAACAAGAAUAAGAAAGUGAGACCUCGCUACAGCGGCCCAGCACCUCCUCCUAACAGAUUCAAUAUUUGGCCUGGUUAUCGCUGGGAUGGAGUGGAUAGAUCCAAUGGGUUUGAACAGAAGCGCUUUGCCAGGCUGGCCAGCAAGAAGGCAGUGGAAGAACUUGCCUACAAGUGGAGUGUUGAGGAUAUGUAACUUUCCAGGGACUUUGAGGUGGCUCUGAGUGGUGGUAGUGGGCGCAGGGCAGCCAGGCACCCAGCCCUUAAAACCGUCUGUGCUAGUAGUCAGGGCCCACACAGACCAGCAGUUUGUUGAGUGCCAGUUUUACCACCGAAGACUGUUCGAGACCUGAUCUUUGGACUGAGGGACCUGUACUUCUCGGGUGUGCCUACACUGGAUGUUGCUGGUUUUCGGAGGAAAUGCUGAUUUCUCGAGAGUCCUGGGGUUUGUUCUUGUUCAGGAUUUUUCUUUUUUUAAUAAACAUACAUUUAUUUUUU